AUGCAUGACCAGUCAGUAUGCCCGGACUUGCCAUGCAAUGCCUUGAUGUACCAGAAUACGAAUGGGUGGUCACUGCACGGUGCUGGCUCGAAAUUAAGCGUAUGGUUGCCGUGCUGCCCACCCCUCGAUGACCUAGGCACCGGUGCAUCCGUCAAAGCCAUCAAACAGCUUGUCGUCAUGUCAGUGUCCAGCAUCGCCUAUUUGCGUGGCCUUUUUCCCCACAGCGCGUAUGGUGACCGCAACGUGGGCGAAGACAUGGCCAUCAAGGUCUUGCGUGCCAACUCGCCGUGUGAUGAGGCCGUUGCGCUCGUCGCUUGGCUCAAGUCCCUGCUACCAGGAAUCGAACGACACUGGAUCGAUCGCAUCACGCUGGCCAUUCACGACGGCUACGAAGCAGACGAUGGCGAUGAGCUCGAGAACGACACGUUGUUGGAAACCUACACGGUGCGUCAAAAAAAGGUGUCAAGCCCCGCCUUGUCAAGCAAGACUGUCAUUGAUUUAUGGUGGGCUGAUUGCUUCCAGAUCAAGCUCGGCCAUCUCAACGCUGAGGCCCACCAAGCUCUGCAACAAUCCCAGAAUGCGAGCCUCACGUUGCCAGACUAUGCUGGCUUUCAAACCGAUGUCAAGUCUAUGCUACGCAACCUCCUUUUGACGACGCAGUCGCUUCAGAAGCUGCCGGACGUGUGCGUCGUCUCCAUGCGCAUUACCUUGGCAGCCGAUGCCCCUGACGAAGCCAUCCCAGCGGGCUUUAUCACGAGCACGUCAACCGAAGGUUAUCAAAUUGCCAGCGAACAUCGCAUGCGCCUUGAUGUAGGGGGCGUUGCCACCCAUCAUGAUGCACUCAAGGUCUCUGUGGCGACCUUGCGCACGACUGGGCUGCAUGCCACCCACGCGCCACGCGUCGACCUGGACCUGAGUCGCAACAGUCAGACUGAAAUGCCCACCCACAGCACGGCGCAGAAGGCCCAAACUGAGGCCAAUGCCUCGAAGAAAGCUCCGCAGCCUGGCGGGGACCGCAAGGGAGGCGCACAUUCGGCUUUGAGUGAAGCAACGGGCCCACAGAAUCUAGAGAGCGGCGCUGCCGCCCUGGGCUUUGAGGCGCCCAGUUCGACUGGUGCGCCUGCGACAAAACGCAGCAAGACCAAGGCGUCGCGAGUGGUCUCUAACAAGGCCAACGCCCGCAUGCCUUCGGCAGCAAACGAGAAAAUGGCCCGCCAACAGGCUCACUCGGCUCCGUUGCAAAAGGGACCGAGCCCCAGGCCGCUUGACCAGUUUGAUUUUGAUGAUUCUCAGCAGGUAUGGAAACUACUCACUCACCCAGCCUGCCCACUGCAAAACCAAGUUGUACGCCUGGGACUCAUCGCGUGUGGCCCACUUAGGAGGUGGAGGCACCGUCUACCACGAAACGACGAGCUGCGCGCACGCGUCGACAACUUCGAGUUCGAAGCUCCCUCUAAGUCACUUUGCCGCAUUGUACUCGCAGACAUUUACCAGUGA